UUGUUCACGGGUUUCCGGUCAGAGCCUAAACACGCAGACAUGCCUCUUGCAAAAGAUCUUCUGAACCCAACUCCUGAGGAGGAAAAGAGGAGACACAAGAAAAAACGUCUUGUCCAGAGUCCAUAUUCAUAUUUUAUGGAUGUCAAAUGUCCAGGUUGCUACAAGAUCACCACAGUUUUCAGUCAUGCUCAGACUGUCGUGCUGUGUGUGGGCUGCUCCACCGUCCUGUGCCAGCCGACGGGGGGCAAAGCGCGACUCACAGAGGGAUGCUCCUUCAGGAGGAAACAGCACUAG